CUGGCGCAGAGAGAGAGCGCAGCUCCGCCGCCAGUAGCGGAGCCACCGGGCGAUUGGGGGMGCUGGGAGAGGGGUUGGGAUGCGAUCUGAUGCGGGCGGAGUGCCGCUUAAAAACAGCCCCUGACUUCGGCCCUGCUCGCCGCCGAGUGUCGGGUCGUCGCCGGAAGGGAGGCGCAGGACGAAGCGCUCCAUCCUCGAGGCGUCUCUCCAGUCAGACACAAUGUCAGUACAAACUCCUCCCCUCUCCCGCUCUGGCUCCACCCCCUCCACAGGGGGUCUUGCAAAUCGUAGCGGCUCCUCAGCCACACCUCCCACCUCUCUCAGUCUCCGCUCUUCGUACAACCAGCUGCUCAGCCGCGACGUCAUCAAGGAGUCCACGGAAACGGGAGGCUCGGCCACCUUACCAAAGAGCCGUCAGCGGUACGCCAUGACCAGUGUACGGAGUGCCAUGGGGAUAAGUGACAACCUGGCUUUGUCCUCCAAAUACCAACCUGGAACCAGAGGUAGAGGCCUCCCGACCAAGUCCUCCUCCAGUUCCGCCCUCUACUCCUCAUCGCUCUCAUCGUCCUCCUCCAUCUCUAACAACCCCAAGCUGGCCAAGAAUGGAGCCAACAUGCAGAGACGGGCUGAAAGCCAGCAGCUGGAGUUGAGUCGGGCCAAUACAGUUGACAAAAUUCACAACGAUCUCAUUAAUAAUCCUGGUUCUGAUUGGCUAGAGUUCGGGAAAGACAACUCGCAGUUGCCCCCGUUUCGUAGAAGGACCAAGAGCUUCUUGGACUACCACAGCAAGGGCUGGGAUCUGGAACCCAGUUGGGAAAAAAAGGAGGACAAGGAGGAAAAUAAGCAGCAGCCCUCCUCAGAGAAGGAGCAGGACAGCCCAGUUAAAGACAGAGAGAGCCAAAAAGAGGAUAAGACCAACAGCAAGCAGGCCUGCAACGAGGAGAAGGCAGAGCCUGUAGCGGAGGAGGAUGAAGCGGAGGAUGAACCCACCCCAACACCAAGACAACCCCUGCUACCGGUGGUGGUUGAAGCUCCUCUUUCCUCCACCUCCUCCUCCUCUACCAACAGUCCAGAGUGGGUCCCCAACAUCCACAGCCACCUGCAGAACCAGCCUCCAGCGCAGACCAAAGAGGAGAUGUCGGUCCAAGUUCAGGCGAGUCCACGUAGUCCUGCAAAGCCUGCUCGGAGCUCCCAGCCUCGAGUGAUCAAAGUGGAACUGCACCCCAACGAUGAGAACCAGAUUUUUCAGCAGUUCCCACCGUUUUCCCCCAAACAGGUCAGAGCUGCUGAGAGAAACACUCAGGCACCGCKGACACAGCAAGAUCCUGAGCCGGAGACUGCUACCCCUAAAGUGGGAUUAAGAAUGGACAUGACUCCUGACACUCCUUCAGGAGAUGAAGACUCUAGCUGGACCACGCUGUCCCAGGAGUCCCCCUCUCCACAGACUCCAAAGGAGACAGACGUAUGGGUCGAAGGGGACCUGCCCCCAGGCUGGCGGGAGAUCUCAGAUUCCUCAGAAGUUUAUUUCUGGCACGUUCCCACUGGCACAACGCAGUAUGACCGACCAGUCGCCUCCGUCGACCAACAAACUGCUUCCAUCAAUGAACCAGAUCCUGAGCCUGACCGACAGAAAGAUACACAGGAGUCCCUGAAGCUGCCGAACGAGCGCCCCAGCAGUCUGAUAUCCGACAGCUCAGUGGAGCCAGUCCCCUCACCCUCCGGCUCCUCACCCUCCUCUUCACCCUCCUCUCCCUCCAAAGUCGUCCCUUCUCCUGGUCAAGUUCUCAGCACCUCCUCAUGCACAGCCAAAGAGCUGAAAGAUUAUCCAGUCUAUCCAGAUCCCAGUCUUAAAGCAUUUGAAGGAGCUACGCUUCGAUAUGCUUCUCUGAAGCUCAACCCACCAGCCCAGCUAGAGACAGUGGACCUCAACAGCUCUUUUUCUGAUCCAGAAGCAAUGUCAUUUCCAGUUCGCUCUCUGGGCUGGGUGGAGAUGGCAGAAAGAGACCUGUGUGAGGGGCGGAGCAGCGUGGCCGUCCACCACUGUAUCCGACAGCUGUCCUACUGCAGGAGGGACAUCCGAGACUCAGCCGGGGUCUGGGGAGAGGGUAAAGGGAUGCUUUUAGUGCUUCAGGAUCGCAUGUUGACKCUCGUCGACCCAGACGAUCGCAGCUUGCUCCACUCUCAACCAAUCAGCAGCAUCCGUGUGUGGGGUGUCGGACGAGACCACGACAGAGAAAGGGAUUUCGCCUAUGUGGCCAGAGACAAAAACACGCGGGUGCUGAAGUGCCACGUGUUUCGAUGUGAUACUCCUGCUGCAGCCAUCGCCACAAGUCUCCACGAAAUCUGUUCCAAGAUUAUGGCUGAAAGAAAAAGUGCUAAGGCUGCAGCUGGCAGCUCCUCCCAGAACGGCUCUGAUGUACCCCUACAAGAGUUUCCCAUGCCAAAGACUGAGCUGGUGCAGAAGUUUCACGUSCUGUAUCUGGGUGUGACGUCUGUGUCUCGGCCAAUAGGUAUGGACAUUAUAAACGGGGCCAUAGACAACCUCGUGUCAUCCACAGGAAAAGAAGACUGGAUUCCUGUCAUAUUGAGUAUUGCAGACACAACCGUGGCUGUCAUAAAAGAAAAGGAGGAAGAGGAGGAGGUGCUGGUGGAGUGCCGGGUUCGUUUCCUGUCCUUCAUGGGCGUGGGACGGGAUGUGCAUUCGUUUGCCUUCAUUAUGGACACKGGGAACCAGCAUUUCCAGUGUCAUGUCUUCUGGUGUGAUCCUAAUGCAGGCAACGUGUCUGAAGCGGUGCAGGCAGCUUGUGUGCUCCGGUACCAGAAGUGUCUGGUAGCACGGCCACCCUCUCAGCGUGCCGGUUCGUCCUCCUCCCCCUCCUCGGACUCAGUGACCCGCCGGGUGACCACCAGCGUAAAACGCAGCGUCCAGUCUCUCAUAGACACUCUGAAACCCAAGAAACAGCCYUCGGAACUCCCCCAGCAAUGACCGUCACCACUGGCAACUGCACCCCACCUCAGCCUGGAUGCCACUCACACCGUCACCCCCACAGAACACUGAAUCAGUACCAGCCAUGUAAUCAACGAUGUACAUAAAAUAAACCAAACAUCACCGCAAAUAAAAAGGGAAGACAACYUUUAAAAAAGGAAAACUUACUAGUUUUGUGUGGGGGGAAAAAAAAGGAAAAGUUUGCAUCACUGGUAGAACUUUGACCUGAUGGCUGCUUUGUCCAAGUCAAAACCAACUCGUUUAUGGAUUUCGAUGAUAAAUGGAUUACUUGAUCACUCUGCAGACAGGAUUAUCCAGAAGAAAAACAUCAAAUUUCUUCUCCUAAAAAGGCAAUGGAGCAUCAUCUUGGGUUGUUUAUUUAUUUUUUUGUGUGUUCUUUCCAACUUUGCCCGUCCUUCUGAACUCCUGGACUGGAUGAAUUACAGUAGCCUUCCAGGACAAAAAAAAAGACAUUUUCUUCUUGUGUUCAUGAAAAAUUUACAAGCCAGUGACAAAUAUCAUCCGAGCCCGAGCACACAAGACUUGUGGUCCGCCUGCAGCUGCUCAACAAAUGGCAUCAGAUGUUUAAAGGGAAAAAAGAAGACAAAAAAGRCUUCUUUGAAGUGAUUGUAAUGAUGUGUGUGCAUACGGUUGUGUGCAAAAAGGAAUGAAAAAAAUAGCACAAACUUUGUAGAUAGAAGAAACGGAAGAGAUCAGAGGUUCGGUACUAAAAAAAAAAGGACAAAAAGUUGCUUUUGCAUGAUUUCUUGUUGGGAUGGAGGAGAUAUGAUUAUUGAUAAGUUGUGUCUUGAUGAGAAAAUUGGUAAACAGAAAAAAAAAAUACAGUAGAUGCAUUUCACAAUGAUGCAUCUUCACUUGUCCAUGACUGAAUUUACACUGGCACAAGAUUAUCCCGUUCUCAAAUGGCUAACUAGAAAAUACUGCCCCCCAGUUUUAAAAAUGGUUUUUAAAAUCAAUUAGGGAUUAUCUGAUCAGCAAAAAUGUGUUUUUAAUAGAUUCUGAGGCUUAAGAUUGUAUCUUAUUUUAUAAUAUAGAAAAAAAAGUCUAACUUUAAAAGCAUAAGAAUGUUGAAACGCUUCUGUUUAAACUUGACAAAUCCCUCAGGAAUUUUUAUGCAGAUACCCAAGAUUGCAAGAAAAUCCAAGUCUCUGGUAGAUGUGAAGCGCUUGUGGCACAACAAGAGCUGAGGGUAAAAAAAAUAACACAACAGCUCACAAAAGUAUUCGUCAUUCUUGUGUGGCACAAAAAAAAGAUCUAAUACGCACCAUUCGCAGAGGAUUACAGGUAUUUUCUCAUCCUCACAAAAUCCAUCCAGUGUACUCGCACUCACUUUCAAAAUACACAUACAAACCCACACAUACACGGAUAGCAGUAAGAAAAAAAAAACAGAGCGACAACAAAAGUUCUGUCAAAAGUUUUUAUGACGCCCUCAUGGCUGGGGGCCAACACCUGCACUCAGCGUGAACCCAGUGAACGCAGUUUAAUCAAAGGGGGGAAAAAAUAACAGAACAUGAAGAAACGUUUCAUUUCUGUUCGUCACUCAUCUCUUCACUAUGUAAAUGUAAUCUGUUGUGACAAUAAAUGCAUUAAGAAAAUGA